AUGGCAACCGCAGCUGUAAUUAACGGAGCAAUUAAUGGCUUCAAUAAUAGAGAGCCAGACUUAUCGCACGCCGCUGUAGAGAAUGCACCAGCCGAGAAGUCAACCCCAAUUAUCCAGACCAAGGACAGCGCACCAACAACCGUACGCGAUGGACCAGACGUAGACGAGACAUCACCUUAUUACAACCCUCGCCUUACUUUGAUCGAUAGAUUCGUUGACGAACCACGUCCGCUAAGAGUUGGUGUCAUUGGCGCUGGCCUGGCCGGUAUCACAGCAGGCAUUCUUCUACCAGCCAAAGUCCCUGGCAUCAAGCUUACCAUUUACGAGAAGAACGCCGAUGUCGCAGGGACAUGGUUUGAGAACGUUUACCCUGGUGUACGAUGCGAUAUUGCAUCGCACGUCUACCAAAGCACAUUCGCGCCCAAGACAGACUGGUCGGACAAGUACGCACCCGGCCACGAGAUCCGCGAAUAUUGGCAAUCGGUCGCGCGAAAGUUUGACGUUUACAAAUACGUCAAGCUCAAUACUAGAGUCGAGGGAACAACCUGGGAUGACGAAGAAGGUGUAUGGAUCACAAAGCUGCGGAACGUGAAGACAGGCGAAGAGACGGUCGAGAAGAAUGAGUUCAUCUUGACCAGUAUCGGACGAUUCAAUGACUGGAAAUUGCCCGACUACCCUGGAAUAUCUGAGUACAAAGGACACCUUCGCCAUGCCUCCAAUUGGAGCACGGAUUUUGAUCCCAAGGACAAGACGGUCGCGGUCAUUGGCAACGGAGCGAGCGGUAUCCAAGUCACAGCAAAUCUCCAACCCAUCGUCAAGCGACUUGAUCAUUAUGCCCGAAACAAAACAUGGAUUGCAGCAUCCUGGGCUGGUGAAGAGCGAAAGAUCGAGGCCCAGCCAUAUACUGAAGAAGAGAAGAAGAAAUGGGCAGAAGACCCCGACGCAUACUUGGCCUUCCGAAAGGAUCUCGAGGGUCUAUACUGGACCAGAUUUGACUCGUUCUUCCGAAACAGCGAGUCUAAUCAGAAGCUUCGCGAAGCGUUCAUCGACAUUAUGAAGAAGCGCCUGGUGAAGAAGCCAGAACUUCUUGAGCACAUUGUCCCAGACUUCUCGCCGAAUUGUCGACGUCUGACACCAGGGCCAGGAUAUCUUGAGGCUAUCACUGAAGAUAACGUGGAGUACAUCCGCACACGGAUUAAGCGCUUCACGGAGUCGGGUAUUGAGACUGAGGAUGGCAAGCAGAGAGAUGUCGAUGCUGUCAUUUGCGCGACUGGCGCGAACGUUGACAUGGUUCCCGCAUUCCCCAUCCGCGCGCAUGGACAGGAACUAAGUAACCUGUGGAAAGCUGAUGGCACGUAUGGCUAUCCUUAUACAUAUUUUGGACUUGGAACGCCUGGUUUCCCUAACCUACUCUUCGUCCAUGGACCGCAAGCAACAGGUCCAUCGGGAACAGUCCCUCACAGCGUUGAAACGCAAUUGACAUACUUCUCCAAAGUCCUCCGCAAGGCUUCGCGAGAGGGCAUCAAGUCUCUGAGCCCAUCCAAACAAGCAGCAGAUGACUUUGUCGAGUACUCGGACGCCUUUUUCGCCAAGACAGUUCUUACAGAUAAAUGCAGUUCAUGGUACAACGGAGGCAGACCUGGUGCCAGAAUCCACGGGCUCUGGCCUGGAAGUGCAGGGCACAUCACGUUCGUACGACAGGAACCUAGAUGGGAAGAUUGGGAGUACAAGUAUAUCGGCGAUUCUAAGAAUCGUUUUGCUCAUUAUUUGGGCAACGGAUGGACCAAGAGAGAGACGGAUGUAGAGGCUGAUCAAACGCCGUAUCUUCAAAGGCCAGAUACGAUCGAUUUGCGGGAUAUUCACGAGAAGUGGUGGAGUAUUCCAUAG